CCGAGCCACACAUCCCCGUUUCACAACCAAGCCAAAGCUCCCCACUCCUCCCCAUUCCACGCCGCCGCACCCCGAACCCUAGCGCCCCAUCCAGCGAGCGAGCGAGCGGGCGACAGACAUGCCGGCGGACGCGAAGAUCCGGUGGGGGGAGCUCGAGGAGGACGACGGGGGCGACCUCGACUUCCUGCUUCCGCCGCGGGUCGUCAUCGGGCCCGACGAGAACGGCUUCAAGAAGACGAUCGAGUACCGCUUCGACGACGACGGCAACAAGGUCAAGGUCACCACCACCACCCGCGUCCGCAAGCUCGCGCGCGCGCGCCUCUCCAAGGCCGCCGUCGAGCGCCGCAACUGGUCCAAGUUCGGCGACGCCGCCAGCGGCGACGACGCCUCCGCGCGCCUCACCGUCGUCUCCACCGAGGAGAUCCUCCUCGAGCGCCCGCGCGCCCCAGGGAGCAAAGCUGAUGAACCAAGUGCUUCUGGUGACCCACUGGCCAUGGCAAGCAAGGGAGGUGCUGUUCUCAUGGUUUGCAGAACCUGUGGUAAGAAGGGUGACCACUGGACCUCAAAGUGCCCCUACAAGGACCUCGCUCCACCGACCGAUGCAUCGGACAUGCCUCCUACUUCUGACGGCCCUGCAGCACUGAGUGGCCCUGCCAAGGGCUCAUACGUUGCUCCAAGGCUAAGGGCUGGUGCUGUUCAUACCGAUGCUGGGCACGACAUGAGGCGCAGGAACGACGAGAACUCUGUCCGUGUCACCAAUCUGUCGGAGGACACCCGCGAGCCCGACCUCCUUGAGCUGUUCCGCACGUUUGGCCCGGUCAGCCGUGUCUACGUUGCGGUGGAUCAGAAGACUGGAAUGAGCAGGGGCUUUGGGUUCGUCAACUUUGUCCACAGGGAGGACGCCGAGAAGGCCAUCAGCAAGCUCAAUGGGUAUGGUUAUGAUAACCUCAUCCUCCAUGUGGAGAUGGCUGCACCUAGGCCUACUUAGUUACUUGCCUACUAAGCAUCCAGAUUUCCUACAAGUGUCGUAUCAUUAUGGUCUCCGAAAUACCAGUACUUUUGUGUCGUGAGCUUGUGUCUGUGUUUUGCCUUGUUGAGAAUAACUACACUCUGUUGGUGAAAAAGUGAAUUUCGUAAGGACGGCACUUGAGUUUAUAUUUCAUCAAGUUUUGUAUA